GAAUCCCUGGCCACUGAACCCCACUGCUUGGAAGCAGUUCACCUCUCUCACGUGUCAAGACUCUGGUCCCAUGAGCCCCUACCUGGCGGCUAGACUGGUGACAUUAGAGUUUCACUUAAAGCUACGGGUUUCCUGUGUGUCUACCUGGUCCUUCCUCUUGAGCUGCCUCCUCUGUGCUUGAGCCCGUGGUCAUCUCGGACUGUCUCUGUGGUCAUCCCUCCUGCCUGUAUUGUUGUCUGCCCUGCCCCUCUGUUUGAACUGUUUCACUGCAAAUUCCUCCAGCUGUUCCAGUUUGUCUUGUUAAUAAAAUACCCUUGUCUGCUCAUUCUGCAUUUGGGUCCCAUUUCCUGCAGAUCCGUGACAGAACGAACCAGCCACCUCAGGACCCAGCAAUGAGCAUCCGCAUUGUUCCUCCCAGUACCGCCAAGGGGAGACUGGCACUCCAACGGGCAGUGGCAUCGCUCCGCCAGCAGGGCCUGGAGGUGGGUGCAUUUGCCCAGUUUUUCUGGACCAUGGCAAGGGGCCUGGAGUACUCUGACUCCACACUAAAGGAAGCUUUUAAUCUCUGUUUGGAUGAUCCCCUACCACAAUGGGAGAUGGAGCAACUAAGAGGCAUAGAUUACUGGACAUUUUCUAAAUAUUUGCACCAUCGCAAGGACUGGCAGAUUCUUACACCCCCAGAGUCAGCCUGCAGGGACGAUGCCACCUUCCCUCCCAAGCAGAGUCAAAUUCAAGGCCCUCUUCAGUCUCCUACGUUAAAGCGUAGACUGCGGAGGAGGAGAGCGGUCAAGACUGCUGUACCUGUUUCCAAGUCCACUGAGUUAACUGCUGUCAGUGUAGAAGCUUUCACUACAGAGAAUCCUAGGGCUAUUCCAGUUAUCCCCAAGUCUGUCCAGUCUUCUCCAGUCAUUCCAGAGCCAGAUUGCAGAGACCAACCUGCUCUCUUACCCUCGCUGAGUCAAGUCCCAGAUCAUCUUCUGACUCCAAAAAAGCAUAGGGCAAGAAGGAAGAGCACAGCCCAGAAUGCUGCAUCGGUCUCAGAGUCAGUCAAGUCCGCUCCAGUUAUUCAAGAGCCGGUUCAGCCUACUCCGGUUAGUGCAGAGCCAAUCCAGCCUGCCCCAGACAUUCCAGAGCCAGUCAAGUCAGAUCCUGUCAUUCCAGAGCCAGUCAAGACAGGGCCUUUCCUCCCAGAGGUGGCCAAGUCAGCAGCCAUAACUUUUAAGGUGGUUAAGUUAAAUGCAGUCAAUUCAGAGGCAGCCGCUAACACAUUGCUGUGCCCCCAGAAGCCAAAGCAGAUGAGGGCCUGUGUUGUGCAGUUCGACAUUUCUUCCCAGGAGGUCCCAAGUCCUGUGGUCCAGAAGGACCUAAGCCAUGAGACCCCAAGUCCAGAGGUCCAGGAUUUCUUAAGUCAGGAUGCCCUACCUCCAGUGGUCUUGGAAGACCAGAUUCAGAAUGUCCCUAGUCCUGUUAUCCAGGCGGACCCAAGUCAGGUGGUCCAAUAUCCAGUGGUCCCAGAAGUAUGUGACCUGGUGGAACCACACCCUAAGCUGCCUACUUCACCAGCUGUCUCUCCCCUAGAGAAGGAAUCUGUGACUGUCUAUGUAACUUCACCUGAACCACCGGUUAAUCCUGUCACGCCCAAGAGGGGUAACCAUAUAAGUCAUGUCAUGUUCCCAGAGCUUGCUGUUGAGAUGGCACCCCAUGAGCCUGUGUCAGCUCCAACCUCUGAGCCCAUUCCAGUGUCGGUGCCAGCUCCAGAGUCUGCGCUGGUCCAGGAACCUCUAGAGUCCAUCAGCGCAGCCCAGGAGGGCACGCCAGAGUCAAGCCCAGUGCCUGUCCUUACAGCCCAGGAGGGCACGCCAGAGUCAAGCCCAGUGCCUGUCCUUACAGCCCAGAAGGGCACGCCAGAGUCAAGCCCAGUGCCUGUCCCUGAGGCCCUGGAAAGUGCUUCAAGGUCCGUACCGGAAUCCAUUCUUGCAUCUCCGGAACUGGUUUCCCAAGGAUGCACCCUCUCUGCCCAUGUGGUCAUGGCCCCUGAGUUUGUCCCAAGGUCCUUCACGCGUCAAGAGUUUGCCCCAGAGGCCAUAAGGGCUAUUCCCAAGAAUUCUCCAGUAAGACAAGUCCACAUCCCCAGAAGGACCACCAACAGGAUCCCCAUCCCACCCACCCUAUUAGCUAGUCCUUUUGGAUCCCAUAAGCCAGAACCUCCUUGGUCCACCUCAAACUAUUCCCCAGGAUUAUUUUCCUCCCUCCCAGUCCCACCCUUUAUGUUUUCUGGCUACCCUGGAGUUCCAAGUUUUGUUCCCAACCCGCCCCCCCAGUUGGUACCUCCCUGUACUGUUUUGCCCACUGUGGACGCCUGGAGGCGUCCAUUGGGAGGAGGGUAUUGUCAGGAACCUGCCCGGACAGUCUUGUCUUUGUUCGGUGUUUUACUGUUUGUUUUGUGUCUAAGCACAUGGUUCUGUCUCUGUUUGUGUCUGCCACAUGCUCCUCUCAUCCCACCUCCUUGUUUCCCUUGGUCACGCCCCCUUGUUUAGCCCUUGUCUGCUUGAUUGUUUUCACCUGAUCCUCGUGUGCUGCUCUAUAUAUUGGGUUUCCUUUCCUUGUGUUUCUGCUGGUUCGUUUUUGGUGUUUACCUGUCUCUUGGCGCAGAAUUUAUCCUUUUGAUCUUGAUCAUUAUUUUUGAUCUCUUCUCUAGAUAUUUAUAUCCUUUUUGGUCUUUAGUUUUGUCUAGUUUAAGAAGAAUGGAAAGAAAAAGAAAUUUGUUGUGCAUUCUAAUCUAGUUUUGUUUCUCAUUUGAUUUAGAUUUUCAUCUACUCUUGUUUAAGAGAUUCCAGUUUUGGAUCUUGGCUUUUUGUUUUUUGUGUUUGUCCUGUCUUACCCUCUCAGAAUCCCUGGCCACUGAACCCCACUGCUUAGAAGCAGUUCACCUCUCUCACGUGUCAAGACUCUGGUCCCAUGAGCCCCUACCUGGCGGCUAGACUGGUGACAUUAGAGUUUCACUUAAAGCUACGGGUUUCCUGUGUGUCUACCUGGUCCUUCCUCUUGAGCUGCCUCCUCUGUGCUUGAGCCCGUGGUCCUAUCGGAUUGUCUCUGUGGUCAUCCCUCCUGCCUGUAUUGUUGUCUGCCCUGCCCCUCUGUUUGAACUGUUUCACUGCAAAUUCCUCCAGCUGUUCCAGUUUGUCUUGUUAAUAAAAUACCCUUGUCUGCUCA